CCUGAGCUCAAAUCUCUUCUUUAAUCAAACCGGACUAGACUUCCCCGCGUCACGCGCGGAUCUGGGAGAGUAGUAUAAAUGGGCGGGUGGUGCAGGUGCGGAGUUAGUUCACCCACUAGUGUGUGUAUGUGUGUAUUUUGGGGAAACUCGGAAAGCUAGCAGCAACUUUUAGCCUGUUCCUCUCGCGACCGGUUUUCCCGCGCUAUGUGCGUUGCCUGGAGACAGAGACUGGCCGUCCCAGCUUUCGCUCUGCUAGUGAUGGUAGUUUGUGAAGCUCAGCUGGAAAAUGAGGCACAACUUUCAAAAUUAGUGUAUCCACGAGGGAACCACUGGGCUGUAGGACACCUGAUGGGGAAGAAGAGCAUAGAUGAGUCGCUGGACUCGGUCGAACAAGACAGUGGAGGCCAGAGAUAUUUAACCACAGCAGAGGUUGAGGAAUACACGCAGCCGUCCGGAUUUCUGCAGGCGCUCAUCACUGCUCUGGCUGGACCAGAGAGAGCAAGAGCGAGAGGAAGAGGAAGAGAGAGAGACACCGUCCUGAGACAGCAGCGUGCUCUGGAGCAGAGGAACCUCUUAGAAGAGCAGCUUGAGCGAGAGAGAGAACAGGCGACAAAGAUUUUGCUACUGGCUUUAAACAUGAGGGACUCCAAAACAAGCUGAAGAUGAGCACUGUGGCCUGAUUUAUCAAAGACUUUGUGGUUGGAAGCAGCAGAAACGUGAUAACACUGCCUCACAGCUGUCUCUGUUCGAAAAAUAAAGUAAUAUGCAUUAUA